AUGACAAAUCAUGAACAAAUGAGUGACGGCAAGGCGGUUGGCUCUAACGGCGUCGUAAAACCAUCAUACCGUCUAAAUGACGGUCCGCAGUUGUCGGACUACACAGGAACAACGAGAAUGAUGGAACCCAAAGCUGAGGGCCAAUCGACCGACACAACCAAGGCCAACCACCGACGUGCCCGGUCUGACCUCAAACUCAUCUACAAGCACCUGCAGGCUUCGGUCUUUCUCUCCGAUACCCGAACAACCGUCCCUAUGCUUCACAAACUGCAUGCGUCGGUGUUUACAACCGAGGACAAGGUUACAGAGGAACUUUGCGACUUUGACCCACAAACAGAAAAAUUAACAAAAACCGUGCUUGACGACCGAACUGGUGGCGCCGGUGCGAAAUCAGAAAUAUUGGAAUCACUCAGUAAAAAGGUAGCCGACGGUGGUGAAAGAUUAUUCACAUUAGUGCCCGCCAUGAGUACAGCUCCAGAAUUAUCCAGACUUAUAUCCGGUGACACGCCGUGUGCAGAAGUUUCAACAAAGUUUCGACCAGUGAAUGUCAGUGCAAGCCGGCAUACAGGUAGCCCAGGUUUGAUUCUGCGACCGGCCGCUAAUCGGCGAGGCUUCUUCCGAUUAGACGUAGACAGUGCACCGCGGCUUGGUAUUUCUGCGUCUUUGGCUAGUUUUUGCGCUAGGCACUGGUUUUCUCUGUACCGACGCCGAUUGCUCGUUGAACAUUUGUGCUUUUUAUAUGGACAAUCGUACAAAGUGCCAUCCGAGAACUGUCAAUUCUUCUUGACAACUGUGAAAUAUCUUGGGUUCAACUUCGACGCCUCUGGUCGCCAUCCCGACCCGGAGAAUAUCCGAGGUACACAGCAGAUGCCGCCUCCUAAAGAUGUCCCAUCCUUACGCUCUUUUCUGGGGCUGAUCAGUUAUUAUUCGGCAGUCCUGCCUGUGCUACACAACAUCCGGCCUCCGCUUAAUCGGUUGCUUGGAAAGGACAUCCCGUGGUGCUGGUCAGAAGAAUGUGAGGAAGCAUUCUGCAAGCUGAAAACCAUGCUCAGCUCUGGACCAAUGCUGCGUGAUGAGUGGCCGUUGGGCCCAGAUUUUAGACCAAUCAGAUCUCAGCUUGAUGCGAGGCCGGCAAGCGUUCCAAACUUUUGGCCAGUAAUGUGCUGGAUAGUCUUCUCGACCAUAGCAGCACAUGACUGUAAGCCGUAA